AUGACUCAAAGAGCAUCGUAUCUUUCCUUGAUGGGCUUUGCAAAGAAAUUUGACCAUCGGGCCGCCGGUAUUUCUCCGAUGGGUUUGAUAUCGCGUGGUAUCCAAUCCCUCACAGCUCUGGUCCAACGAUACAAUGUUGAAGGGAUCCCAGACCAGCGGAAGACCCCGCUAACGUUUCCCAUUCGUAAGAAAGAUGACCAAGAGGACCUUCGAACCUAUCGUCUGAUAUGCUUGCUGAGCGUGUUAUACAAAGUGUUCACGAAGAAGUGA